AGGCCGCUUAUCAGCCAGUGCAACCCGGGGCUGUCAGGAUGGUGAUGGAGGGGGUCAGUGCCAGGAUCUGUCAUAACAGCCCGGGCAGUGUGGAUUAGAAAUAGGCUCGGACCCGCAGGUGUCUCUGUCCGCUCUGAUCGCUGUGACUCAGCCCGUUAUCUGGAGGAUUCGUGCAGAAAGCAGCGCCUGUCCGUGCCGGAGGAGGAGGAGGGGGCCGUACGGACGAUGAUGGCCAGUGACAAGCCGCUGGCGGGUGCCGGCUGCCCGGAUAGGGAUGCCCCGGGUGGUUCGGGCUCCAUGGUGCUGCCCAGCGGGGUGAUCAACCCGUCUGUCCCCAUCCGCAACAUGAGGAUGAAAUUCGCCGUGCUCAUCGGCCUCAUCCAGGUCGGGGAAGUCAGUAACCGGGACAUAGUGGAGACCGUGCUCAACCUGGUAAGCCGCUAUCCUCUCCUGAUCACAGCAGCACAGAGAAGAUUUCACAAAUGUGAUAAUAGUACCCAAAGAACACUGGUCGGUGGCGAGUUUGAUCUGGAGAUGAAUUUUAUUAUUCAAGAUGCAGAGAGCAUUACCUGCAUGUCGGAGCUGUUGGAGCACUGUGAUGUGACGUGCCAGGCCGAGAUCUGGAGCAUGUUUACAGCCAUUCUACGGAAGAGUGUUCGAAACCUGCAGACCAGCACUGAGGUUGGCCUUAUUGAGCAAGUGCUGCUAAAAAUGAGCUCUGUGGAUGACAUGAUUGCAGAUCUUCUUGUUGACAUGUUGGGAGUGAUGGCCAGCUACAGUAUCACCGUCAAGGAGCUGAAGCUUCUGUUCAGCAUGCUGCGGGGAGAAAAUGGAAUCUGGCCGAGGCAUGCGGUUAAAUUGUUAUCGGUCCUCAAUCAAAUGCCACAGAGACAUGGACCCGACACCUUCUUCAAUUUCCCAGGACGGAGUGCUGCAGCUAUUGCGCUGCCUCCUAUUGCCAAGUGGCCUUAUCAAAAUGGUUUCACUCUGAACACGUGGUUUCGUAUGGAUCCAUUAAAUAAUAUAAAUGUUGACAAGGAUAAACCUUACCUCUAUUGCUUUCGCACAAGUAAAGGUGUUGGUUAUUCUGCACAUUUUGUGGGUAACUGUUUGAUAGUCACUUCUCUGAAAUCAAAAGGAAAAGGUUUCCAGCACUGUGUCAAGUACGACUUCCAACCACGCAAGUGGUACAUGAUCAGCAUUGUACACAUCUACAACCGCUGGAGGAACAGUGAAAUCCGCUGCUAUGUAAAUGGACAGUUAGUAUCUUAUGGAGACAUGGCGUGGCACGUCAACACAAACGAUAGUUACGACAAAUGCUUCCUGGGAUCUUCUGAGACAGCUGACGCAAACAGAGUGUUUUGUGGUCAACUUGGAGCUGUGUACGUUUUUAUAGAGGCUCUUAAUCCUGCUCAGAUCUUUGCAAUACAUCAACUUGGACCAGGCUAUAAGAGUACCUUCAAGUUUAAGUCUGAGAGUGAUAUUCAUCUGGCUGAACACCACAAGCAGGUCCUGUAUGAUGGGAAACUUGCAAGCAGUAUAGCGUUCACAUACAACGCAAAGGCCACAGAUGCCCAGCUCUGCCUUGAAUCGUCACCAAAGGAAAAUCCUUCUAUAUUUGUGCAUUCACCCCAUGCUCUAAUGUUACAGGAUGUCAAAGCUAUAGUAACACACUCAAUACACAGCGCAAUUCAUUCAAUCGGAGGCAUCCAGGUUCUCUUUCCACUAUUUGCACAGCUGGAUAAUAGGCAGCUGAAUGACAGCCAAGUGGAAACCACAGUUUGUGCGACCUUGCUGGCCUUCUUGGUGGAGCUGUUGAAGAGUUCCGUGGCUAUGCAGGAACAGAUGUUGGGAGGAAAAGGUUUUCUAGUCAUCGGCUACCUCUUGGAAAAGUCCUCCAGGGUUCACAUAACUAGAGCGGUUUUGGAGCAGUUUCUAUCAUUUGCAAAAUAUCUGGAUGGUCUGUCUCAUGGGGCACCUUUACUGAAGCAGCUUUGUGAUCAUAUCCUUUUCAACCCCGCCAUCUGGAUACACACGCCAGCUAAGGUGCAGCUCUCGCUCUACACCUAUCUGUCAGCUGAGUUUAUUGGCACUGCCACAAUUUAUACCACCAUCCGAAGGGUGGGAACAGUAUUACAGCUAAUGCACACACUGAAAUAUUACUACUGGGUUGUAAACCCUGCCGACAGUAGCGGCAUCAAUCCAAAAGGGCUCGAUGGGUCCCGACCGUCUCAGAAAGAAAUAAUUUCACUGAGAGCAUUUAUGUUGCUGUUUCUUAAGCAGCUCAUUUUAAAGGACCGAGGGGUCAAAGAAGAUGAACUACAGAGCAUUUUAAAUUACCUGCUGACAAUGCAUGAGGAUGAGAAUAUUCAUGACGUUCUGCAGCUUUUGGUGGCUCUCAUGUCUGAACAUCCUGCUUCGAUGAUACCGGCAUUUGAUCAGAGGAAUGGAAUACGGGUCAUUUAUAAGUUACUAGCAUCUAAAAGUGAAAGCAUCCGUGUGCAGGCACUGAAAGUCCUGGGAUAUUUUCUGAAGCACCUGGGCCACAAGCGGAAAGUUGAAAUCAUGCACACUCACAGUCUCUUCACAUUGCUUGGGGAAAGGUUGAUGCUCCAUACCAACACAGUCACUGUUACAACAUACAACACACUCUAUGAGAUCUUGACAGAGCAGGUUUGCACUCAAGUUGUCCAUAAACCCCAUCCAGAGCCAGAUUCAACUGUGAAGAUACAGAAUCCAAUGAUUCUGAAAGUGGUGGCCACACUGCUGAAAAACUCCACUCCCAGCUCUGACCUUAUGGAGGUGCGGCGCCUCUUUCUGUCUGACAUGAUUAAACUCUUCAGCAACAGUCGGGAGAAUCGAAGGUGCCUCCUGCAGUGCUCUGUGUGGCAGGACUGGAUGUUCUCUCUCGGCUACAUCAAUCCAAAGAGCUCUGAAGAGCAGAAGAUCACAGAGAUGGUCUACAACAUUUUCCGAAUACUUCUGUAUCAUGCAAUCAAAUAUGAAUGGGGAGGCUGGAGAGUCUGGGUGGAUACACUUUCUAUAGCUCACUCCAAGGUCACUUAUGAAGCUCACAAGGAAUACUUGGCAAAAAUGUAUGAAGAGUAUCAAAGACAAGAAGAGGAGAACAUCAAGAAGGGUAAAAAAGGAAAUGUCAGCACCAUAUCAGGUCUCUCGCAAGUUGCAACUGUUAAAGGCGGACUGGAAAUUAGAGAAAUUGAGGACCUUUCCCAGAGUCAGAGUCCUGAAAGUGAAACAGACUAUCCUGUCAAUGCUGACACCAGAGACCUGCUUAUUGCCACUAAAAUUUCAGAUGAUGCCAUUACCAGCACUGAUAGACCAUCUGGUGGUGUUCGAGUUGAGGUACAUGACCUUUUGGUGGAUAUCAAAGCAGAAAAGGUUGAAGCUACAGAGGUAAAACUGGAUGAUUUAGAUUUAUCUCCAGAGACUUUGGUCACUGGGGAAAACAGUGCUCUGGUGGAAGUAGAAUCUUUAUUGGACAAUGUCUACAGUGCGGCUGUUGAAAAACUUCAAAACAAUGUUCAUGACAGUGUUGGCAUUAUAAAGGAAACUGAAGAGAAAGAUGGUCCUCUGAUCACACUAGCUGAUGAGAAAGACCAAACCCCUUCUAACAAUACCUCAUUCCUUUUUGAUAAAAUUACCCAUUCAGAAGACAAACUGUUGCCUGAGCUGACUGGUGGCAACCAUCUAACCAUUGGUAAUGUCCAGGAUGCUCAUGUUCACCUCGGUGUUAAUGAUGAUCUUGGUCUGCUGGCCCACAUGACAGGUAGCGUUGACCUCACUUGUGCGUCAGCUGUAAUCGGGGAGAAAGACUUUAAAAUCCACACGACAGCUGAUAGUUUAGGGAGCCUUUCUGAUCGAGAAUUGGCUUCAUCAUCAAAGGGGCUGGAAUAUGCUCAAAUGACUACUACCACACUAGAAUCUGAAUCAUCUAGCAAAUCCAUAGUAAAUAUCGAUGCUAGCAGUACCGUCUCUGACACUGAGAGGUCCGAUGAUGGUCGGGAUCUUGGCAAAGAGAUUAAGAAAAUACAAACCACUACAACUACCACACAGGCAGUUCAGGGGCGCAUCAUCAGCCAACAUGAACGAGACUUGCGCGUUGAUUUGGGAUUCCGCGGGAUGCCGAUGACUGAAGAGCAAAGGCGGCAGUUCAGCCCGGGCCCGCGAACCACUAUGUUCCGAAUUCCAGAGUUCAAGUGGUCCCCAAUGCACCAGCGACUCCUUACUGACUUAUUGUUUGCUUUAGAGACAGAUGUGCAUGUUUGGAGGAGCCAUUCCACGAAAUCUGUCAUGGACUUUGUCAAUAGCAAUGAAAAUAUCAUCUUUGUCCAUAACACUAUCCACCUGAUAUCCCAAAUGGUCGACAACAUCAUCAUUGCCUGUGGAGGAAUAUUGCCUUUGUUGUCGGCUGCCACCUCACCAACUGGUUCUAAGGUUAGUAUAUCUGAUACGGAACUGGAGAAUAUUGAAGUGACACAGGGUAUGUCAUCUGAGACAGCGGUGACGUUUCUCAGCCGUCUCAUGGCCAUGGUGGAUGUCCUGGUUUUUGCCAGUUCCCUGAAUUUCAGUGAGAUUGAAGCAGAGAAGAACAUGUCAUCUGGUGGCUUAAUGCGACAGUGCCUGAGGCUUGUUUGCUGUGUAGCUGUACGAAACUGCCUGGAGUGCCGGCAAAGGCAGCGGGAGCGGGUCACCAAGCCUGCGGGUGGUGGAAAAAUUCAAGAUAAUUUGCAGAAUGUGCCAGCUACAAGCACAGCGAAGACCCCUGUGGACAAUGUUUCUGGUAAUCUAUCACCAAUCAAGGAUCCUGAUCGGCUACUCCAGGAUGUUGAUAUCAAUCGCCUCAGAGCUGUUGUGUUCCGUGAUGUGGAUGACAGCAAACAAGCUCAGUUCCUUGCCCUGGCUGUAGUUUACUUUAUAUCUGUGUUAAUGGUGUCUAAAUACCGUGAUAUACUAGAACCUCAGCGAGAGACGGCACGCUCUGCCAGCCAGUCAGCUCGCAACAUCAGGCAAGAAAUUAACUCUCCAACGAGUACAGAUACACCUGCUCUGUUUCCGGAUAUCAAGGAGAAAGAGAUCCCGACCCCCAUUGAAGAACUCCAUUUAGAAAGCUCUAUUCCUCACACAGACUCUGGCAUUGGAGACGAACAUAUAAGCAGCAUCUUAAAUGGAACUGAUCUUGACAUUACAAGCUCAGACAUCAUGGGUGAAUUAUUGUCUACAUUGUCGUCUGAUGUAAAGAAGUCACAGGAAAGUCUGACAGACAGCUCAAGUGAUAUGCUAAAACCAGCUCCCUCUAUAUCUAGCAUUAGCCAAAGCAAGGGCAUCAAUGUCAAAGAGAUCCUAAAGAGUCUGGUAGCUGCUCCUUUUGAGAUGGCAGAGGCUGGACCGGACCCAGUACCCUAUCCAGAUCCCGCUUUAAAGAGGGAAGCCCAAGUCAUUCUUCCCAUGCAGUUUCAUUCCUUUGACAGAAGUGUCGUCGUACCUGUGAAGAAACCUCCGCCUGGCAGUUUAGCUGUGAACACAGUUGGCGCUGCCAGCGGUGGUAGCUUAACCCCCAGCACAACGCCAAAUAUAUUCGCUGCUACUGGAGCAACUCCCAAAAGUAUGAUCAAUACUACAGGUGCUGUGGACUCUGCUUCUUCCUCCUCCUCCUCAUCCUCUAGUUUUGUAAAUGGUGCUACAAGCAAAAAUCUCCCAGCAGUGCAAACAGUGGCUCCCAUGCCCGAAGACUCUGCAGAAAAUAUGAGUAUCACUGCCAAAUUAGAACGUGCACUAGAGAAGGUUGCCCCCCUCCUGCGGGAAAUCUUUGUUGAUUUUGCUCCGUUCCUGUCCCGGACGCUCCUUGGUAGCCAUGGACAAGAGCUGCUGAUUGAAGGACUUGUAUGUAUGAAGUCCAGUACCUCAGUGGUGGAGCUGGUGAUGCUGCUUUGCUCUCAGGAAUGGCAAAACUCGAUUCAGAAGAACGCAGGAUUGGCAUUUAUUGAACUCAUCAAUGAAGGAAGACUGUUGUGCCAUGCCAUGAAGGAUCACAUAGUGCGGGUUGCAAAUGAAGCAGAGUUCAUUUUGAACAGACAGCGAGCAGAGGAUGUACACAAACACGCUGAGUUUGAGUCACAGUGUGCUCAGUAUGCUGCAGAUAGGAGAGAAGAAGAAAAGAUGUGUGAUCAUCUCAUCAGUGCAGCCAAACAUAGGGAUCAUGUGACAGCCAAUCAGCUGAAACAGAAGAUCCUCAACAUUCUGACCAAUAAGCAUGGAGCAUGGGGAGCCAUAUCUCAGAGUCAACUCCAUGAUUUCUGGCGACUGGACUAUUGGGAGGAUGACCUAAGGCGGAGAAGACGUUUUGUGCGCAAUGCAUUCGGCUCAACUCACUCGGACGCCCGGUUAAAAUCUGCCAUUGAAUACGGCACAGAUGAAGAUGUCAUGAAAUCAAAGAAGACUUUCCGAAGCCAGGCUGCUGUUAAUCAAAAUGCCGAAACUGAACUAAUGCUGGAAGGGGAUGAUGAUGCUGUUAGUCUGCUUCAAGAGAAGGAAAUUGACAACCUUGCAGGUCCAGUGGUGCUGAGCACCCCAGCACAGCUAAUUGCACCCAUCGUGGUGGCCAAAGGCACCCUCUCCAUCACUACCACUGAAAUCUAUUUUGAAGUAGAUGAAGAAGACCCCAGCUUCAAGAAGAUCGACCCCAAAGUUCUUGCUUACACUGAAGGCCUCCAUGGGAAAUGGAUGUUCAGCGAGAUUCGGGCUGUCUUUUCCAGGCGCUAUCUCUUACAGAACACAGGACUGGAAGUUUUUAUGGCCAACCGCACUUCAGUCAUGUUUAAUUUUCCUGACCAAGCCACCGUGAAGAAAGUGGUAUACAGUUUACCUCGUGUGGGCGUAGGCACCAGCUAUGGUUUACCACAAGCCAGGCGAAUAUCCCUGGCUACUCCCCGGCAGCUUUUUAAAUCCUCCAACAUGACUCAGCGUUGGCAGCGACGAGAGAUUUCGAACUUUGAAUACUUGAUGUUCCUUAAUACCAUAGCAGGGCGAACAUACAAUGACUUGAAUCAGUAUCCUGUAUUCCCAUGGGUGUUAACAAACUAUGAAUCCGAAGAGCUGGAUUUAACUUUACCAGGAAACUUCAGGGAUCUUUCAAAGCCCAUUGGUGCUUUGAAUCCAAAGAGAGCAGUGUUUUAUGCAGAGCGCUAUGAGACGUGGGAGGAUGACCAGACUCCACCCUACCAUUACAAUACGCAUUACUCCACCUCCACUUUUACACUAUGUUGGCUUGUUCGAAUCGAACCUUUCACUACAUUUUUCCUUAAUGCCAAUGAAGAAAAGUUUGACCAUCCAGAUCGAACAUUCUCUGCUGUGGCGAGGUCGUGGAGAAACUGCCAAAGAGACACGUCUGAUGUAAAGGAGCUAAUUCCAGAGUUCUACUACCUACCGGAGAUGUUUGUGAACACUAAUGCCUAUAACCUUGGUGUAAGGGAUGACAGUACUGUGGUCAGUGAUGUAGAUCUGCCACCUUGGGCAAAAAAUCCUGAAGAUUUUGUUCGGAUCAACCGAAUGGCUUUGGAAAGUGAAUUUGUAUCUUGUCAACUACAUCAGUGGAUAGAUCUGAUAUUUGGCUACAAACAGCGAGGUCCAGAAGCAGUGCGCGCACUAAACGUUUUUCAUUAUUUGACGUAUGAAGGUUCCAUAAACUUGGACGGCGUCACAGAUCCUGUAUUACGAGAGGCCAUGGAGGCACAGAUACAGAAUUUUGGACAGACGCCAUCUCAGUUGCUUAUCGAGCCACAUCCGCCUCGAAGCUCAGCCAUGCACCUGUGUUUCCUUCCACAGAGCCCCCUCAUGUUUAAGGAUCAGAUGCAGCAGGAUGUCAUUAUGGUGCUGAAAUUUCCAUCCAACUCUCCAGUCACCCAUGUUGCAGCCAACACCCUCCCCCAUCUCACCAUCCCUGCAGUGGUGACAGUCACAUGCAGCCGACUGUUUGCAGUGAAUAGAUGGCACAACACCGUUGGCCUGAGAGGAGCACCCGGUUACUCACUGGACCAAGCUCACCAUCUCCCUAUUGAGAUGGACUCUUUGAUUGCCAACAACUCUGGAGUGAACAAGCGUCAGAUCACUGACCUGGUGGAUCAAAGCAUUCAGAUCAAUGCCCACUGCUUUGUGGUCACAGCUGAUAAUCGCUAUAUCCUUAUCUGUGGAUUCUGGGACAAAAGCUUCAGGGUAUAUUCAACAGAAACAGGGAAGCUCACACAGAUCGUGUUCGGGCACUGGGAUGUAGUCACUUGCUUGGCUAGGUCUGAGUCAUACAUUGGUGGCGAUUGCUAUAUUGUGUCAGGAUCCCGUGAUGCCACACUACUUUUGUGGUACUGGAGUGGGAGACACCAUAUCAUUGGAGACAAUCCAAAUAACAGUGAUUACCCAGCUCCCAGGGCCGUCCUGACUGGCCAUGACCAUGAAGUCGUCUGUGUAUCAGUCUGUGCUGAACUGGGUCUCGUCAUCAGUGGAGCUAAAGAGGGUCCAUGCUUGGUCCACACCAUCACUGGAGAUCUACUCAGAGCACUGGAGGGCCCAGAGAAUUGCUUGUACCCUCGUUUGAUUUCUGUUUCCAGUGAGGGUCAUUGUAUUAUAUAUUACGAGAGGGGGCGAUUUUGCAACUUCAGCAUUAAUGGCAAGCUUCUGGGCCAAAUGGAGAUCACUGAUUCAACUAGGGCCAUCCUUCUGAGCAGUGAUGGCCAGAACCUUGUGACUGGUGGAGAUAAUGGUGUUGUAGAAGUCUGGCAAGCUUGUGAUUUUAAACAGCUCUAUAUUUACCCCGGCUGUGAUGCGGGCAUAAGAGCGAUGGAUCUGUCACAUGAUCAAAGGACCUUGAUCACUGGCAUGGCUUCUGGUAGCAUUGUAGCUUUUAACAUAGAUUUUAAUCGGUGGCAUUACGAACAUCAGAACAGAUACUGAGGUCGACUGAAGUGCUGAAUGCCAAGUUUUCAUGUUGAGAGCACAAGCGCUGCAGUUCCUAGGCGUUGUCACCUCCAGUGGAAAAGCAAGUCUGCAUAGAGCUCCUCCGUUGUACAUUCCAUUACACCCAGCAAUAGCUGUACAUUGUAGUCAGCAAAGCCACUUUUCAUUGUGUUUCUUUUUCACAACUGAACACCAGCUGCUGAAGGCACGCCUGUACCAUGCACACUGACAAUGAAAUGGAGUCUCAGAAUUAUUUCAGUUUUCAUUCUUUCUGAUAAAGCUGGCGGGACACACUGCAAAAACAAGACAUUCUGGGAAAGACUGUGUGUCCAAGCUGCGAUGGUGUUUAGUCCACACGUCUUACAUCCCAUUUCCAGCCUCUUUUCAAGCUGUGAAAAAAAUUUAAAAAAU